AUGCACAAGCAGAUCGUAACGCGAUACCUAACUCCAGACGGCCGGACCAAAGCUUUGGAGGAAGAGACUGACGUGUAUAACGCAGUUAACGCACGGAUAUCUUUCAAUAAGAGUGAUUUUACAGAGGCAAAGAUGAUCUAUUUAGAACAUUUAGCCUUGUAUAAUGAAUUACAAAAGUUAGCUAUGCAAGGCUUUAAACCACCCAAAGACGGCCGGACCCAGGGAGCCCUUUCAGAUGCCUUGGCUUUUGCAGAAACGAGACAAUUACUAAGAUAUCGUCCGAGAGAGCCUGACUUGCGCAAUUCUGGUGUGACUCUACUUGGUUUGACCGAGAAAGAUCUUUAUAAGCAG